GCCGGCGCGUGGGACCGCAGCGCGGCGGGGGCACCGCAAGUGCAGCGGAGCGCGGCGAGGAGCGCGCGGGCGUCGGCGGCGAGGGCGGAGUACCGCCGAGUCCGCCUGGGUGCGGGGAGGAAGGAUGCGUGCGGGUAACUUUUUGCCCGCCCUGGAAGUAGGAGCAGUCGCGCUCCCAAGGGCUGCUGCCCACCGCCCGGCGAGCCGCGGGCGAGAGUGCCCGCCGCCGCCCCUCCCCCACUUCCGCCUCCCGCCUCUUCCUCGUUCCCGGCUCCCAGGGCCCAUCGGUCCCGGGGGAGACUCGGAGGCGCAGCCCCGCCCCGGCCCGGCGCGGCUCGCUCCCACGCCCCCGCCGCCGCUGCCUCGCCGGAGCGGACAGACUGAGUCAGCGGGGGCGCCUGGCGCUGCAGGAGCUGAGAUGGACCCAAACCCUCGGGCAGCCCUGGAGCGCCAGCAGCUCCGCCUGCGGGAGAGGCAGAAGUUCUUCGAGGAUAUUUUACAGCCAGAGACAGAGUUUGUCUUUCCUCUGUCCCACCUGCACCUUGAGUCCCAGAGACCUCCCAUAGGUAGCAUCUCUUCCAUGGAAGUGAAUGUGGACACACUGGAGCAGGUAGAACUGAUUGACCUCGGAGACCAGGAUGGAGCGGAUGUGUUCUUGCCCUGUGAAGACCCUCCGCCCACCCCUCAGACGGCAGGGGUGGACAGCCACACAGAGGAGCUGAGCCUGCCGAUACCCAUGUCCGACAGGACCACAUCCCGGACCUCUUCCUCAUCUUCUGACUCCUCUGCCAACCUGAACAGCCCAAAUCCAAGUGACGAUGGAGCAGACACGCCUUUGGCACAGUCCGAUGAGGAAGAGGAUGGGGGUGAUGGAGGGGCAGAACCUGGAGUCUGCAGUUAGCCCCGGGCCCCUCCUACAGACUGACAGAGCUGGUGGCUCUCAUUGGGAGGACCUGGGCC